GAACUCGACUAUAGCGUUCUCUCUUGUUUGGAUUUUGGAUUGCACAAAGCACAUACCACAUAGCACAUAACAGGCCUAAACGGACUUAUAGACGUGGCAUUCCGCCUGCCGUGACUUAUUCGCGUUUCUGCAACGGACGCGGCAGGUUCUCCCGGCAAUUGGAGUUCCACUUUUCCGCAUUGUUGGCCACCUAACGAGCAAAGUUUUCCACGGCGCACUUUAAUUUCCCGGCCAUUAGUGGCAUGUCCACCGACGAGGAUUCCCUGGGCAGUCCCCUAAAGCCGGCCACGCCCACACCCAGUGAACGCGAACCGGCACGGGAACGCCACCGGGGCGGUCGAUCUGGCGCCUCGGAUCUGCUGCGCCAUCAGCAAAGCUUCGAGGCUCGCUACAGUGGCAUCAUCCAGAAGCAAAUCUGGGAGACGAGCAUCAACAAGGAUGUGCUGGAACGUCAGCUGAAUGCCUACUUCCCCUUCUCCCGAAGCGCCUCGCUGACCAAGGACGCGUCUGGCGGAUUCGAUCAGCUCCUCCCGCCGGCGCCGGGCGGAAGUGGUCCGAAGUCGCGAUCCCUGGCCACCACGCCCACCAGGCGAGCGGGUGUCUGCCUGGAGAAGCUGGAGACGCUGGAUGUGGCCUGCAUCGAGCAGCCGAAGCAGGCGAAGUAAUGUUACGAUGUCCGUAAGGUUGAGAGGCAGUUUUGAACAUUUUUAGUCUUAGAUAGGAUAGGUGAGAUAUCUUAUUAGGACCCAGAACCAAAUUUAUCAUUCGACUAGGUAUAUUUAAUAUGUAAUAACUGUGAAAAGCGGGAACUAGUGUUUCUUUUUGGUGCUACGAAUUAAAUAGUUAUAUGUUUGUUAAAUCCGAAAAACUGAUGAGCAAAACAAAAACAAAAUCAAAUCUCGCUUAAUAUGAUAAACAUAUUUCUAAUACAUGUAGCUUUAGGAAGUAUUACUAACGUGUAAGAUGUAAGUCCAGUCCAAUCUCUAUGGAAUCUACUGUUUAUUUAGCACCCCUAAGAAUUUGCACAGCACUAAAACAAUCAAUUUGCAUAGUUCAACCAAUUUCGAUGCCAUACACUCCUUUUAUUAGCUAAGUUUAUGAGCAGGACAUCCCCGGAUCAAAGUAAACCCUAUUUAAGCUACUAUUAUUCAAUCUUCUUCAAUAAAACAAGAGCUUAUUGCAUAUUCAA